CCUGCCUCUCUCACACGCACUUUCACAUGCACAUCAGACGGAACUCCACAGCACCGAUCAACAAGCAUGGACGCUCGGCACUCUGCCUGUCUGCUCGCCGGACUUGUGUUCCUCCUUCACGGCUUCACGGCAUGGGCGGUGGUGGAGGUGAGCAUGGAGGACAGGGUGGAGGUUUUGAAAGGAGAGACAGCUCAGAUCACCUGCAUGUUCACCUCCGAUGACGGCUUCGGGGCUUUGACCAUCCAAUGGUUCUAUGUUUCGAAAACGGGGGAGAAGCACAGCAUCUACUAUCAGGACGCGACUACGCAGAUGGUGGAACGAAGCACGUCGUUCACGGAUCGCAUCAUGGUCAACGUCACGGUGGCCACCAGAGAGGUGGUGUUGACCAUCACAGACGUGCAGAUCAAAGACCAGCUCGAGUUCAUCUGUCUCGUCAAGAGUCUGACCGAUGGCGUCUCCGAGGGACGCACCAAAUUAUUAGUGUUCGAAAGACCAGACUCCCCAACCAUUGAGGGCGUUCAGACGGGCAUCUAUGUCUAUGAAACCACACCGUCCAAGAUUGGCUCAUGCGAGGUCAAAAAUGGCUUCCCCAAGCCAAACAUUACAUGGUAUCGAAAUAACGCGCCAAUACAAGGAGAUAGUGACGAGGUGAAGAUCAUGCCCAGCACCACCAUUGAGUCUAGCGGUCUUUUUUCUGUGAGGAGUGAACUGAGCCUGAAGGUGAUGAAGGAGGACAAAGACGCUCAGUUCUACUGCAAGGUCACCUACCUCGUUCCCGGAGGAACCAGAAUGACUGAGACCAACCGCAUUAACAUCACCGUGUACUACCCGUCCACUGCUGUCAACGUGUGGGUGGAGUCACCGAAAGGCAAAAUUAAAGAGGGAGAUUCAAUUAUGUUUCAUUGCUAUGGCAACGGUAAUACACCAUCUUCAGUCUAUAUCAUCAAGCACGGAGAAAAAGAAUAUGCGGUGGAAUCCAACACGCUUAUACUGGAAAACGUGACCCGUCUCCAGAAUGGCUAUUAUGAAUGCAACUCAAUGGACAUGGAAACCUAUGAGGAGCUCUCAGGGAAUACAACUGUGUUUGUUCAUUACUUGGAGCCUGCCGUGGUGCUGCCCACCAACAUAGAGAUCGCUCAAGGCGAGGAGUUGACAGCCACCUGCAAUGCCCUAUCUUCUCUACAGACGCACACAGCCUGGUUCAAGAAUGGACGACUGGUGUCAUUUGGUCACACUUUAAUAGUGAAGGAUGUCACCUUCGACACAGCAGGGGCAUACACGUGUGUGGUAACUGUUCCUGAAAUUGACGGCAUGGAAGAAAUGGAAACUCUUCGAGUCACUGUAAAAGGCGCACCACAGAUUAUGAAACCAGAACACACAGACCUCGAGGAGAGUGUGGCUAACACAGUGGAACUGACCUGCCAUGUGCGAGGGUUCCCAUCUCCCCAAAUUAUUUGGACCACCGCUGACGGAAAGAUCUUGGAGACCACGUCCCAAAACGAGAUGGAGGACGGCGUCCACAGCAUGGUGAGCAUGGAGGUCACAUCUGACCUCACCGCCUUCUGCAAUGCCUCCAACGAGUAUGGCGCCGACGCGCUGGCCUUCAACAUCAAAGCAAUUGUAUACACCACAGCAGCAGCAACUACCACUAGCACAAGCACCAAUCGCACAAGCACUCUUUCGUCUUCCACAGUUGUACGCAUCACAGCAGCAGCUACCACCACUAGCACAAGCACUCUUUCCUCUUCCACAGUCCAAGCCGCAACUGCUAUCCCACCAAAGAAAAUCAGGAAAGAGAGCAAUGGCGUAAUCAUUGCAGUCAUCAUCAUCUGCAUCCUGCUGCUGGCUAUCUUGGGAAGCGUGCUGUACUUCCUCUACAAGAAAGGAAAGAUCUGCGGCCGCUCCGGCAAGCAGGACCUCACCAAAGAGAAAUCCAGCAAAGACAACAUUGUGGUUGAAAUGAAGAGCGACAACACAGAGGACGCGGUCCUCCUCGGCGUCAACGGAGAGAAGCUACUCCGCAGUCCCCAGUAACCAACAGUGAGGAGGAAGCCACUGCUGUGACCCGACAACACUCCGAGACCCAUUGAUUGGCUUCCACCGCAGCCUCUUUUUCCUGUCAAUCAAAAGCUGUCUGAGACCGCCAAAAUAUCACACUGGGCUUGAUUACUUCCCUACACAUGUUUGUUGGAGGGCAACAAUGUUUGAAUGAGGCUGUUAGGCUGUCAGUUUUGUAUGUUGCUGAAUCACCGUUGAGCAGGGACUAUUUUUUUAAAUUGCCGAACAAUCACUGUAGAGCCACGUGAAGAAGUUCUUCCUCCAGUGUACAUACUAUGCCAUCCGUGUAUAUAUUUGCUUAUUUAAAGUGUAUUCACACUCGAUUUUAUGAAGAGCAGAGACAUCCGUUCUGCAAAAGUCCGUACACUGAAAAUCUUUGCGUACACGUCACAACUUUCCUUCGAGACAAUUCAAACAUAUUGUUGCCUUUUUCGCGCUUCAAUCAAAACUUGGUCAUUUAAAUCAGCAUCUUUGAAUCUCUGUCGCUAACAUUUCACAGUUCCACUGUAAAUGAUAUAUUUUUGGAAAACUAUUAUAAAUUAUUGUAGAUUUCACAGCAUAGGAUUAACAUCUUGCUUUAGUUUUUGUUCCUUCACAUAAUGAGUAUUGCACGUGUGUGUGUUCAAGCUUUACAAAUAGUAAAAUAUUAUGCCAAAGAGAUUACAGAUUUCUUUGUGGUCGUCAUGCAGUCCUCUUUUGUUUCUCUAAUGUGAAACUUUAUUUUUGCGACGUGAAAAUGAAGGCUUACAUGGUGACUGCAUUAAGUCGUCCUCUCUGUGAGGAACAGUGUAUUAAAUAGUAAACGUGUGUUAAAUGAAUAUUUUUUGUUGGAUAAGCCAAAGUGAUACAGAUUCUUCCCCGAGGUUUACACGUGAAGCCUUCUAUUCAGUUCGGGUCUUACCCUGUAUCUUCAAACAGGGAAU